AUGGCCUCUUUGAACCUGUCCUCCAAUGGCCCCUCGAUAUCGAAGAGUUACCAAUCCGUGGUGAACGCCUCGCUCCCGACCGGAUCUACAGCCUCGUCAACCUAUGGCCAGUGGGCGGUCUUUUCCGUCUCAACCCCGCUGGUGAACGCCUUUCAGCAAGAUGCAGGGAACAAAGAGAGCAUGCUGAAGGUCCAAAGCACAGGAGAGGGUGAAUUGAUCGAUCUCAUCGAGGAAUUUUCAGAGGGCCGGGUUCAAUUCGCUUAUUUGAAGGUCACGGACCCCAAUUCCGGGUUACCGAAAAAUGUUUUGAUUGCCUGGUGUGGUGAAGGCGUACCGGAGCGGACCAAAGGAUAUUUUACCAGUCACCUCGCCAGCGUUUCUAAAGUCCUGCAUGGAUAUCACGUCCAGAUCACUGCCCGAGCCGAUAGUGAUCUAUCUCCGGAAGGGAUCAUUCAGAAAGUGGCCGACGCCUCUGGCUCAAAGUACUCAACAGAAUCGCAGGCUCCCGUCACAUCGACACUGUCAACCUCAACCGGCCCGAGACCCCCGGUUGCAAGCAAGCCGGUAUUCACUCCGAGCAGAUCCGGCGGGAUUGCUCCGAACCCGGUCGCUCGCAGCAAGAUUUCCGCUCCGUCAAGCACCAAAGUCGAUGACGAUGGCUGGGGGGCCGAUGCCCCUCCCGUGACUCGCACUCAACUUGAGAAGGUUCAACCUGCGUACCAACCGACGAAGGUGAACCUGCAACAGCUGAAGUCCGAGAAUCAGUCUCCUGCCCGCCAACCGGCUUUGUCCAGUAAUACCUACGAGCAGGAGGAUGUGGUGCGCGGAGGCUAUCAGCCCAUUGGCAAGGUCGAUAUUGCGGCCAUUCGUAAGCAGGCUGCCGAAGCGGGGGAACUGAAGGAUGACAGACCCGCUCCCGUGAAGGGAUCCUACGAACCGAUUGGUAAGGUAGACAUCGCGGCCAUUAGAGCCAAGGCGCAGAAACCAGAACCAUCCGAUGUCAACGCCCCCCCAACUACCUCUCGCGUGGUCCCUCGCUUUGAACCUUCGCCCGUCUCCGAACCACCAACGGGUCCUCAGACCGCCGAGCGUCUGACCAACCUUCCCAAGCCCAAGGUGACGAACAAAUUUGGUGGUGGCCCUCCGUUCCCCGGCACCAAGCCGCCCCUUCCAGCUAGCCUGGCUGGGCCCUCAACAAGCGCGCCGGUUCAAGUGGGAAGCGCAAGCCGGACGUUUGCGGACGAGGGAGGGAAAACGCCAGCUCAGAUCUGGGCGGAACGGAAGGCCAAAGAACGUGGAGGAGCACCUCCUUCCACGAACAGCGAACCUCGCCCGAUCCAGAACCAGAACAGCGGCUCGGGAGAGUGGAAGAGCGGGUAUUCAGGCAAGAGCUGGGCUCCUGUUCAGACUGUCCAGGAUAAAGCCAUCUCUCCGCAGGUUGCCGACGCGCGCGCAUCAGAACCCCAGGAAACCGAGAAUGAGCCCGCUCCCCACGUGGAAGACAUCCGUAACCAGCUGGCCCAGGAUGCUCCCCCCCCACCGGUCCCACAAGCCAGUCGUCCUGUUCCUGUCCCCGGACUGCCCACCAGACCCUCCGAGCCUGAGCUCGAGCCCGAGCUCGAAUCAGAGCAUGAUGCUCAGCAAGUUCUACCUACACCACCACUACAACCUCGCUCUCCAACACCCCCCACCCCUCCUAUGCGCGAGAGCUCACCCAUUCGGGUAGCGAUGCCGGUUGGUCGUAGCGUGACUGAUGUACACGAAGAGCAGCAAUCUCCACCCUCGAUCAUGCCUGUCCAAAGCAUUCAGGAGACCAUCCCGGACGAGAAAGACUUAGAGGAGGACACACAUGAUCUUGGCCGCGCCACCGCCGAGGCUCUUGUCCCAGAACGGUCACAAUUCGAUGGAGGGUUGCGUGCCGUGGCGCAAUACGAUUACGAGAAGUCUGAAGACAACGAAAUUGACUUGCGCGAGGGAGAGCAGGUUACCGAGAUUGAAAUGGUGGACGAAGACUGGUGGCUGGGUGUCAACGCCCGUGGUGAACGCGGUCUGUUCCCUGGAAACUACGUUGAGGUUGUUGAGAAUGACCAGCCGGAGCCUGGCCACUCUGUACACGAAUCUAUCCCAGAGUCUGAACCGGUACUCUCGACGCCUGAGCCUGCGACUACUGCUACCCCUCUGCAGCCAGCUGAUACAUCUAAUGGAGGCUCCAAGGCUCCGACUGCAACUGCACUAUAUGAUUAUGAGGCGGCAGAGGACAAUGAAAUCAGCUUCCCGGAAGAUGCUAAGAUUGUGAAUGUGGAAUUCCCCGAUGAUGACUGGUGGAUGGGAGAGUAUAAUGGAACCCGAGGACUGUUCCCGGCCAACUAUGUUCAAUUGGACGCGUAA